AUGUCUGAUGCCCAACACUAUCACUUUGACGUCGUUAUGACCUGCGAGGGCUGCUCGAAUGCCGUAAACAGAGUAUUGACAAGACUGCAGCCAGAUGUGUCGAAUAUUGAAAUAUCUCUCGAGAAACAAACAGUGGACGUUGUGAGUGUGCUUCCGUUGGAAAUCGUGCUUGAGAAAAUCAAGAAAACCGGAAAACAGGUGAAAAACGCAGAAGUCUUAUGA